AUGACAAUGCCCUUCAAAUGGACAUGGCCCCUUCUUUCAAGGAGUUUACGAUCCAGUGGUGGAGGCAGACACAAAUCACUAUCUAAUUAUCAUUGUGAUAAGUGCCACACGGGAGACUGACUGCCUGCCAUGAGAUUUCUUUACUAAAGGAACCCAAUUCAGCAGUGAAUGGAGGCAGAGGAUGACAGGAAGGGCUUCCUGAGGGCUUCAAAUAGGAAAUGGGUAGGUGUGAAGGUGGGUGAGAUCUCGCAUCUGCUACUGGGUUGGGAACAUCUUCAUUUACCAAUUCACCUACUUUUAUUUUCAUUCGUUCCUUCAGUACAUACUCACUGGGCAUUGAUCGGCCAGGCCCUGUGCCAGGUGCUGGGGAUUUAGUGGUGGCCAAGGCAUGCAGGAACUCUGCCCUCUCAGAGCUUCCAGAUGAAAGGCAGGAAUAAGCCAUUUCCUCUUCACAUCCGAAAUCCUGGAAAUGGUGAAGGUUGCCGAACUGUCCCCCUGGCUGGACAUGUGGGGUUUGACAGCUUGCCUGACCAGCUGGUGAAUAAGUCCGUCAGCCAGGGCUUCUGCUUCAACAUCCUGUGCGUGGGAGAGACAGGUUUGGGCAAGUCCACCCUCAUGGACACCCUGUUCAACACCAAGUUCGAAGGGGAGCCAGCCACCCACACACAGCCAGGUGUCCAGCUCCGGUCUAAUACUUAUGACCUCCAAGAGAGCAACGUGGGGCUAAAGCUCACGAUCGUUAGCACAGUUGGCUUUGGGGACCAGAUCAACAAAGAGGACAGCUACAAACCCAUCGUGGAAUUCAUUGACGCACAAUUCGAGGCCUACCUGCAGGAAGAGCUGAAGAUCCGAAGAGUGCUGCACACCUACCAUGACUCCCGAAUUCACGUCUGCUUGUAUUUCAUUGCCCCCACGGGUCAUUCCCUGAAGUCUCUGGACCUAGUGACUAUGAAGAAGCUGGACAGUAAGGUGAACAUCAUCCCUAUCAUUGCCAAAGCAGAUGCCAUUUCGAAGAGUGAGCUAACAAAGUUCAAAAUCAAAAUCACCAGCGAGCUUGUCAGCAAUGGAGUCCAGAUCUAUCAGUUUCCUACAGAUGAUGAGUCGGUGGCAGAGAUCAACGGAACCAUGAACGCCCACCUGCCUUUUGCUGUCAUCGGCAGCACAGAAGAACUGAAGAUAGGCAACAAGAUGAUGAGGGCGCGACAGUAUCCUUGGGGCACUGUGCAGGUUGAAAACGAGGCCCACUGCGACUUUGUGAAGCUGCGUGAGAUGCUGAUUCGGGUCAACAUGGAGGAUCUGCGGGAGCAGACCCACACCCGGCACUAUGAGCUGUAUCGCCGCUGUAAGCUGGAGGAGAUGGGCUUCAAGGACACCGACCCUGACAGCAAACCCUUCAGUUUACAGGAGACAUAUGAGGCCAAAAGGAACGAGUUCCUAGGGGAACUCCAGAAAAAAGAAGAGGAGAUGAGGCAGAUGUUCGUCCAGAGAGUCAAGGAGAAAGAAGCGGAGCUCAAAGAGGCAGAGAAAGAGCUGCACGAGAAGUUUGAUCGUCUGAAGAAACUGCACCAGGACGAGAAGAAGAAGCUGGAGGAUAAGAAGAAAUCCUUGGAUGAUGAAGUGAAUGCUUUCAAACAGAGAAAGACGGCGGCCGAGCUGCUCCAGUCCCAGGGUUCCCAGGCUGGAGGCUCACAGACUCUGAAGAGAGACAAAGAGAAGAAAAACUCUUACUGUUUUACAGUUAACUCUGCUGUUUGCUGCAUGCUGCAUGAGACCCAGGGUCCUGUUUGGGCUUCCUGUAGAAACCCUUUACCUGCGCAACAGAGCUGUGCCUCCCUUUCUCUAAUUCCCCCUUAACAUGCCUGGGGGGCAUACCAUCCAACCCGGUCCCUCUCCUCUCUUCCUGCCAAGGUUUAUAGAAACCUGAGAGUCUGAGGACGAUGUCUGGCCGCUGGUCAAGAAGCCAACAGUCAUGUGGCUCACAGAUGCAUCCUGCUUCCCAGUCCCCAUCCCGGCACCCCCAACCAUUCCUCCUGUCUUCCCUGCCAUCUUUGCCAGAGGCACAACAUAGUCAGGGGGCCCAUCUGCUACUCUUUCCCACCAACUCCCCAGUUCCAGUUGCUGUUAGUUUCCCUAAGGUGUUUGCAUCCACCAUGGCUGGGUAGGCACCGGUCAGCACAGCUGCCCCCUUGGUCUCCUGUAUCCCAGUCACUAAUCUUCCCUGGCUCACCCCACCCUCACCCUCAGGAGCCACAGCCACUUCUCAGAGGGUUCCAGAAGGAGAGCCUUUGGUGUCUGUUCCUUCUAACCUUCAAGUCCAGCCCUUUCCAGUUCUCAUUCACUCAAAGUAACUGCACUAAAGCUGUGCUCAAAAUUUGCAACACAUUUAUUUACACCAAACCCUUCCCAUAAAACACAACUGCUGGAGAAAAUAGCAGGCGUUUCCCCUCUAACUCUGGGUAUCCCACAGAUGCAAAAGGGAGAAUAAACCUGAAUAUUAUUACCAGUCUAGAGUCUUGAAUGAUAGCCUUACUGAAUUCUUCUUGUGAGGUAUCUCGGGGUAAUUUCCGGAAGGGCUCCAUACCAUCCCAAUAGGGUGAGGCCAGUAGCAGGAAUAAUAAAUCCCACUUUGUAGACUGGAACUGAACUGUCAAAGAAUCAAGUGUUUGCAGGUUUGCUCUGAUGAGUCUUCUAGUUCAUUCAGUGAACAUCAUGAUGAUUUUUCACAUGCAUUUAGCAUGCAUCCCCCAAUAAGAAGAGAUGAGACUAUCAGCUGGAGAGAAGAAAAGAGGUGUUCCACCUUGGAAGGCCCUUCACUUUGUUUCCAAUCUAAGGAGUUGAGAAUCUAAAAAUAUUCCAGCCCUAGUUUUUAUCAUGGGUCUCAUCUGAUAGUGGCUUUGGGAACCUCUGUGAAGUACAGAGCCCUCCCUUGUCAGGGUUACGACACACAGUGGUCUUUGGUGUUUGGCCAGUGACAGAGUGAGCGAUGUUGACCUGGCAAUGAUCUGUGGCUAACAUGCCGUCUCUCUGCCCUUCCUUUGCAGUAACCCAUGGCUGUGUACUGAAUAGUAUUCCCCGCUACAGCUGGACUGGACUCCAUUUAGCCUUUUAAGCCAAGGUUCCUAUUUUAACUGACAGCUUUCCUUCGGGGUGCCAGGCAGUCAGGCCCCCCACCCCUACCCUGUCAUGUACUUCAAGCUCACUUCUUUUUGAGUUCUGCAACGUGCUCCAGCCUCCCAGUCCCCUGGCACUGACCGUGACCACCACCUUCUUUUUUUUUUUUUUUAGUUUCUUUUUUUGAUCACUUACUUUCAAAGCACACAGUCAAACAAGGUUAUGCCAAAUUUCCAGGUCUUUUCAAAGUAUUGAGAAGGGGAAGGGGAUUUCUUGCUUCAGUUAUAGAUUAUAAUAGGAAGUGAAAAGAAAAAAAAUGAAAAGCAAACAUAUGCACGCACUUUCUCUUUUCUUGCUGGCAAAGCAAAGAGUGUAGGCUUGCUGUGCGCCGUUUGGUGAUCUACUGAUUGGUGAGUGACCAGAGUAAGUACGAAGGUGAUGCCAAAGCACAAGCCAGUUUCCUGGGAAAAUUCAAGUCACAGUGGAGUAUUUUUUUUUUUAAGACUGUAUGCUUGGAGGUAGAAACAAACCAACAACCAGACAAAAAAAAAAAAAAAAAAAAAAAAAAAAAAGCUGCUCAGAUGCUGAGCCAGUAGCUCAGAGAGAUGCUGAGUUAGGCCUGUCAGCUCUCCUUGGGAAAGGCUUCUUAUUUGCAACUUUGAUGAUUCUGUGUCCAGCUUCAGAGCUGCUUUCCCAGAAAUUCACGCUUAAACAACCAACCGGUAAUCAUCAACCCCCCCAUCCCCCCUAAUUAUUUGCAUUACAAACCUGAGGCGCCCUCAUUUGUGUUUGUGUACAGAUUAAGACUUGAGAAGCUCUGAAUACUUCAAAAGUAUUAGACCCACAUAGCCUUGGAGAGACCUUCAGAAACUAAGGAGGAGUUUUAUAUUAAGGGAGACAUUUUAGUCGGUAAGACAAUAGGAACUACUUAACUCUGGAAGGGGAAAUGAAGGCCCAGAGAAGGGAAGUGACUUGACCGAGGUCCCACUGCUGUUUCAACGCAGAAGCCAGACUAAUUUCCUUGCCUCCUGACUCCCAAUCCAUUUCACAAAGGGAUUCAAUCUGCUUAUAUAUGUUCCUGGAGACGAGGUCUUUUGAUGAUCAGAGAAACUGAGUAGUUAGUGUUAGAAGAUCCUUGAGUUUUUUCCCACAGAAAAACAUCUGAAGAUGGAGUGAGUGAGGGGUGGCAAAGCAAAGGCAUAGCCAGCCAGCUUCGUAACCCAGUGAUGCUGCAAGGCUGGAACGGCGUCCAGGAGACUGUGUGGAAAAGGUGCCCUAGGUGACCCUUAUAAUCAGGGAACUUGGUAAACAAAAAUCUAACCCAUGAGUGAACGUAAUUUAAAAAGUUGAUCAAGCCUAUUAAAAUGUGUAUUUAAGUGGAUAGCUUUUCUCACUUUAGAUAGAUUUUGUCCUCCUUCAAUGAAAAGGCUUUUAAUUAGUACAGCUGUUGCUAUUUUGAAAAAACAUACCGCUAGUACUCUGUUUACUUCUGGUGAAACAAAACCAGUCAUUAGAAAUGGUCUGUGCUUUUAUUUUCCCAGACUGGAGUGGCUUUUCUGAAACAGCACACACACACACACACACACACACACACACACCCCCUCACUUCUCUUAUGCCAAGAAGUUUGCUUUCCCUAGCUGCAGUGUAGAUGGCUCUUGUUUUUGUUUUUUUGUUUUAAUCAUUUGGCAUUCAUAUGUGGCUGUUAAUAUGUGCUUGUUUUUAAUUAAAACAAGAAGCUUUAAACUGGUGUGUGGUGUUCUUAAAACUGCAUAGAUUUCCCCGUGGUGAUGGCCCAUCAGUGACCCCCAUUUCUAACCUGUCUUCUCAAACUAUAAUCUGUGCUACCUCAUACUGCCCACUUCCCUCCCCCUGUCUUACUUUGAAUGUCCUCUUUCUUUGGCUAAUUUCAUGUUUUCUUUCUCUUUCUCUCUCCCUCUCCAGCUUUUUUUAAUCUUGUCUUCAGCAGCUGCACUAAGUCUAAAGGAGAAGACUGCCAUUAUAGAAGAGUUAGGGUUCCAUAUUGUCUCAAAUCAGAAAUCAACCAGUUCCCUCUCCCCUCAAACAGCAAGCACACACACACACACCACAGCACUCCACAAGUGUUCAUGUGUCCCUGUGUCCAGGAAAGAAGCUCUCUUCUGACUUACAUGGUAUUUUAAAUGGAAGUAUCUUGUCCUAACUAACAAGGCAGGAAAAGAACCAUCAGAGCUGGAAAACGGACCAAAUGUAACCUCAGAGAAACAACUACAGGACCACUCACCCAAGUGUAAGUGACUGGGGCAGAACACCUCAGCUGUGGGUGUGGAAGUACUGUUCACAAGGUUUUGAGUUUUAUGUUUUUCUUUUAAACAUUUCCCUGGUUCAAUGGUUUGACUGUCUACAGCCACUGUUAAACAUUUCUGAACGUGGAAGAGAAAGUCAAGUGACAUAUGUAUCUUCUUCAGCAUUCACAGACCUUCUAUAGACUCCAGCAAGGGGGAAAAAUGGAUCCACUAACACUCAGGUGGAGAAGGGAGAGAAGGGAGGGGGUUUAAGCUUAGUGAGAGCAAAAUUACUCCAUUCAACCUUCUAAGACCAGUUGGGGUUUUGAGAGAGGUUUCUGCUCAACCUAGGAUCUGGAGGGAGAGCUUUGAUGUUGGUAAAUCCGCCUUUAACUCAUUGGUUUAACUUGCAUCAAAAUACCAUGUGAGCGUGCUCAUUCCAUAUAUCCCUACCACCAUUCUGCUGUUCAAUGUCUCUUGAGAGAGCCUCUUUGCAUGUUUGCCAGAAUCUGUGUGUGUUUUUCCUUUCUUCUCCGUUGUUCUUUUUGCUCAAAGGUGUGACCAGUCACUGCCCCUCUGGGGCUUUCAUUCUCCAGGAGAAACAUCCCAGAACCAGCACUGUUUAGCUUGAUACCUUUCUAAUGUCCAUGUCAAUUUUCAAUAAAAUUCAAAGAAAUGCUAAA